UCUGGGUUCAUCCUGUGCCUCAGGUACCUGCUGGUUGUUGCUGGGGGCUGUAGGGGCCAGAAAGAAAUAUUUAUUCCCCUUAAAGGCAGAACCUGGCAUCUGAUGCAGUGGUUAGUUCUUGGUUUGGGGCCUUCCUUUGAAGCCUCAGAGAGCAGCUGGCUAUUUCCAAGCUGAAACAUUAAGGAAAAGGGGGGUAGCGGCAAGAUGACACAAAGUGAUUCCAGGUGGGAAAGACCCAGGUGGACUGCGAGGAACUACAGAAGGAUCCUGCAUGAUUGAGUGACUGGGCAAUGAAAUGGCAGAUAAAAAUCCAGCAUUGAUAAGUGUAAAGUGAUGCAAAUGGGCAAAAAUAACCCAUGCUUUACCUAUUAUGGGCUCUACAUGAGCUGGUACCACACAGGAAAGAGAUCUGGGAGUAAUUGUGGACAGCUGGCUAAAAAAUACCAGCUCGAUGGCUAAAGAAGAGAAUUGUAAAUGAAACAAAGUCUCAGGUUUCCCCUUUAUAAAUCCAUGGUGCCCCCACACACUGAAGACUGUGCCCAGGUCUGGUCCCCGCAUCUCAAGAAGGAGUGAGGGGCACGGCCUCUGAAUCAGGGCUUCCUACACCUUAGAUGCUGGAGGCUGCAAGUGAGAAACCAUGGCUAGCCCUGGUCAGACACAGUUUACUCUCCCUUCCAGCAUGUGCUGUCUGCCAUGGUGUGACACAAGAGACUGGGCAAGACAGACCUGUGGUCUGACCCAGUAUAUAGCACUUCUGUGCUUAAUUCAGUGUGGAGGAGAUGGCUUGGUGCCGUGAAGGAAGGAGCUGGUAGUUCGGAUCCAGGACUCCUAGGUUUCAUCCAUAGAUCACUAGUUCUGGGAUCCAGGACUCCUGGAAGUUUCAUCCUAGCAGCUUGGCUAAAAUGCUAGGGGACCCCAGCAUCAAAAGCCUAUGUUCCCUCUCUGCAGCUACAUCCCCAUGGGUUUGCUCCCCCCAGAGUAGUUCAUGCCCUGAGUGCAGCCAGGCAGGGUCUGUUGCCCCCUUAUGAGCUCACAAGGACCCUCCCAUUCUGACCUCACGAUGAUGUCACUCCCUGACUACCUCCUAGGGCCCAGGGACCCUCAGGUGGGCAGUUGCCAAGAAAGAGGUGGAGGAGGGAGGUUGUUGUAUCUUCUGCUCCACCACCCUGGCAACUUACCAGUAUGGAUUUUCUCAUUGAAUUCAUCCUGGUUAUACUGGGAACCCAAGUAGCCUUUUGGCUUUUGGAUUUGCAGGUAGGUUGGGGGGGGGCAGAGGGGAGGAGGCUUCUGGGCUUUGCUGGUUGGCUCCUCCUCUCCUUUCUGCUCCAUGUGUCAGGAUGUUCUUAACCCUCUUUUAGAGGCAGGGGAAACACCCUGGAUCUGGGUCAAUUAAGGCAGUUUCCUUGAGCGUUCUUGGGGAUAACUGUUCCCCUGGCAUGGUUUAGUACCCGCCUCGGUGUUGGGGCUUCAAGCCCACUUUUAUGGAAAUGGGAGGCUCCUCCCUAGCUUGCAUCUGCGGCCGUAUGUAUGACUGAGGGCAGGCGAAACUUGGGGGCAUCUUAACACCAAGUCUCUGGGCUUGUGCCUACAUGUAGGAUGCCCGCCAAAAGACUUUGGAAAUAUCUGAAGCCCCUGGCAGGGGUGGAGGACGUUUGCCAGUUGUAGGGCCACUUAUGGUUUGGACUGACUCAUGAAUUUAGACUCGAUUCGGCUGGUUUGGCUUGGGACAUGAAACAUUUCUUUUAAUAAAACCUGAACUAAACAAAACAAAAACUGUUUUUAGAGGCGUUGGGUGUCGGCUGCAACUGAGGCCGGGGAUGGUGACAGGGCUGUGCUAAUGCUCCUGCUGGGACGACAGGCUCCUGGCUAGAGGGUCUUGUCCCUCUGCUCAGGGUCCCCGUGGGGAUGGUGGGACCUGCCGGGCGGGCACCAGUUCUCCGGCCCUGCGGGGUCCAGGGAGCUGCCCUCUAGCCCGAUGCUCUCUGUGUGUGCAGAGCAUUCGUUGGAGGCCGAGGCAGAUACUGGGAAGAGCCAAGCUGGGAGCAGCUUGGGGACACGUGGAGGAGACACCACCACGCCAGUGCACACAGCCCAGACCUGCAUGUCCUGCACCAUCCUGGAUCUCCGAGGAGCCCGAGGAAAUGGAGGACCCUGAUGCUGCCUUCAUGCAACCUCCCAGCCAUGCUGCCGUGGAGGAUGCCUACGGGGCCGUUGCUGUUGACCUGCCUAAGGGAGACCUUUGUGCUUUUGGAGGAAGAUGGCGUGGCUCUCCCCAGCCCAGUCUGGCACCCCCUAAGUCCCCACCAGGACAGGCAGAUGGGUGUCAGAGUCAGCCCAUGCCUGUGCCAGUGCUGGAGCCGGCAGUUGCCGAGCAUCUGGACUUACACAUCCGGUGCCUGGAGCUGCAGCGCCAGCUGGGCCUCCCCAGCCCGGAUGCCAAGUCACUGGCCCGUCUGAUCCCCCCAGUGCCGCUCCGGUGCCCCCGUCCCACGUACGCUGAGAGACACCGGCUCCGGAAGAGCAUCUCCCGCACCCCUUGGGAUUCCCGCGCAGCCCUGCGGGUCUCGCACCCGCUGCCCGCCCUGCCUGAGGAGCCGCCACAGUGUGAGGAGGCCGAGGCUGUGAAGACAGAGGAGCCACAGGUUAAAGCCAUGCGGCCUCCGCGAUUGGACAGCCAGGAGCCCUGUGUCUGCCUCCCAAAGCCGUUGCUCUGCCUGGCCCCGAGGCUCAUGAGCCUCCCUGAGGCUGCCCUGAGCCAGCCCACGCCCCAUGCUGACGCCAGUCUGCAGCCUUCUUUCCAGCAGGGGAGCCCGGAGACACAGCCUCCACUGGCCCGCGGGUCCCAGGGGAUGGCUCUGUGUGGGAAAGAGACUCCCUCAGCCGCCCAGGGCCAUCCUCGGGGAAAGCCUUGCAGUGCGGCUGAGCCAGAGAAGGGCCCAGAGCACCGCCACCACCCCCCGAACCCCUGCAGGCCACUGGGGUGCACCAGCCUGCAGUGGAAGCUGCACCUCCUGGCCCCAGAGCCUGCGGGCAAGCAGGAUCCUGCAGACACCACCGUGUUGCCAGGGGAAGUCAGCACCAAGGUCCCAGACCCAUCUGAGGAUGUUUGUGCUUCCCAGGAGGUGUCGGAGCGGCACCUGGUGGGGAAGCAGCUGCAGGAGGUGACCGAGGAGCCAGGCCCGGCUUCUUGCCUAAUGCCUUCAGGGGCAGAGACUGACCCAGAAAAGAAGGACAUGUCCCACCCAUGGGGCACCACCAACGAAGAUGCAACAAGCAGCACCAGAUGCCUCCUUCCCACCCCAGUGAGAGGCCGCCAUGGAGGAAGGGAGCGGUGGAGCCUGGAGCAGCCCAGGAAAGGCACCCAGCUGCCCCCUGCCUGGCACCCCAGAGGGCAGAGGGGGGCACCCAGCGGGCAGCCAGUGGCAGCUGGGAGCCGAGAGCUGCAUCAGGCUGGUGGGCAGGCGCCUGACCUCCCCUACGUCUGUGGCCUGGAGGGAAAGCCAGCCCGUGCGGUCUGGCUGGGAGACACUGGGCAGCUUGGUGCCAGCUGCAGCCUGAAGGAGCUUCAGGGGCUGCUCCAGAAGAUCACAAGGGUCAUGGCAAGAAGCCCCAAGGCCUCAACAAGCUCCAUGGCUGGUGCAGGAAGGGGCCUCCAGCAGCGCAGCCUUGAGACCAGCUGGGAACGGGAUCAACUGGUCUCCCAGCUGUCCCCAGGCUCAGAGAUAUCCCCGGGGACCGAUGUCCCAUUAUCCCAGAUCUCCAUGCCUGCGUGGAGGCACCGACCAGCCUCAGUGCUGCCCCCAGAGCCAAUCCACAAGCCUGGUGGGGGAAGCAGGAUGGGACCCAGUCAGGGGAGACCCCCUGGCUCCAGCCAGCCCCAGCAGGGAAAAGCAACCCAUGCUAGCAGCACGAGGGCUGUGGCAAGAAAAAGCCUAGCCGGCACCCCUGGAGACACCGACAGGCUCCCCAGGGAGAGGGGAAGGGGUGCAGGGCCAGGCCCUUGGCCGUGGAAGGAGGGAGGGACCAAGAAGUGCCCUGUGGGGGCAGCCAGGCCUGGACCCAGGCCAGACCACGUAGAGCCCCCUGACCUGGCGCAGCUCCUGGCCUCCAUCCUGACCUCCCUCAGCGCUCAUGACCUGCAGCUCCAGUUCGUUGCUGACCUGCUGAAGAAGCAGUGCCCCCAGGGUGUCAGUGCCAUUUGCCCCCACCAGGCCCCUGUGCCAGCUGCCUUCUCCACCCAGCUGGAUGUCCAGGCUCAAGGCCAGGUCCGCGCCCACAAGAUGAGCCUGAGCUACAGGCUAGAUGCCCCCGGCGGGCCAGCUCAGGAGGGGCCGCCCACAGGGGGCUCCCGGGGGACACGGAAGGGGGUGAAGGGUCAGGCGAAGGCAGGGACAUCUGAGCAGGGGGGGGACAAUGCCACGAACGUCUGGCUCCGCACAUCCCAAGCCCCGGAUGGGGUCUAUCAAACGUGUAGCAAGAAGCAGGGGAGGAAGCCAGGUGGCUCUUUGGGCCCUGGCGGCUGCCAGGGACCCCUUGAAGAGCCUCAGCGCUCAUCUCCAGGGGACCCCUUGCGUCCUUCCAAUCUGGACCAGAAGCCCCUGGAGAGAGGGAGCCAGAGGCAGGACAGGAGGCUGAGGAGAGCUUCCCAUGAACAGCCCCAAACUGUCUCUGUCGGCACCAGCACCGCAGACUUCCCCCAGCAGAUGGACGGAGCCACUUCUCUCCUGGCCACCAAAGAAAGGAAACGCCAGACCAGGACCUCAUCGGUGCCCAGAGAAAAGGUCCCUUUGUGCCGCCGCUUCCUGAGGUGCCUCCAGCGCACCUUCUCCAAGCUCUGCCUCACCAUGAGGGCCCGGCUGUCCCGGGAUCCACGGAACAAGGUCCCCAACGUCAGGCUCACAAAGCCUCCCUUGCGCCAUCAGGCCUCCAAGGUGGCGCCCCAUUGAUACCUCCCAGUCCCCACCUGCCUGCGGGGAGGGACACCCAGGAAUCCACCUUCUCCCUGGGCUCGGGCAGGUGCUCACCCUCCUGGUCGUCUUCUUCUAGGGCACUGUCUC